AUGAAUCUCGAACUCAGGCGCCGAGGGGAUUUCCGUGACGCCGAUGACCUAUCCGACUGGGAAUUCAACCAUGUAUAUCUCGACGCCAUGUCGGGGUCGUGUGAACUCGACGACGUACAUCUCGAAGGCAUGUCGGAGUCGGAUGAAUUCAACGAUGAAUAUCUUGAGGCAAUGACGGAGUCGCUCAAGUCCAUCAAUAACAGAUAUCGUUACAUGUCUACACCACAGCCUCGCAUCAAUCAACAUAUACCACAUCCACCCAUCGACCAAGAGAUCAAGCCCACCUUUCUCCACUCACACAGAUACAACCCCCAUUCUUCAUCCUGGGCAAUUUUUGGCUACAGCGAUAGAGUACUUAAGCCAGGAGACAACCUUAAAAUCGCAUCCUGGAACUUGUUCUUUUCUGAUCACGCCCUGACAGCUCGCACCUCUGCUGCCAUCGCCAAUUUGCGUACCAUGUUUGGACAAGCACCCCAAAACCUUGUGGUCAUGUUCCAAGAAGUCCGCCUAGAAUCAUUACAAAUUAUCCUAGGAGACAAAUGGGUUCAGCAAAACUUCGUCCUCUCCGAUGCAAAGCCACCAUGCCUCCAAUAUGCAAAUAACCAAUCCUUUGACGAAAAGCCCGACUGCAAACCAAGUGACUAUUUCACUCUCAUAAUGAGUUCCAGGGAUUUGCCAAUAUCGAACUGCUUCCGGGUCCCUUUCGUCUCCAAACAGGAGAGAGAUGCCCUUGUGGUUGACAUUCCCAUAUUCGAAGACCCUGGUACCGAAAGAUCAAAAAGGUCACUUCGCCUGUGCACAGCCCACCUUGAGUCACUCUGGGGAAAGGAUCUCCGUUUUCGCCAACUCGUCCAGGUAUCAGCGCUUCUUAGAGGCGACUUGUCUCAGGGGCGGAUAAUCUAUGGCGGGCUGGUAGGCGGCGACAUGAAUGCGUAUGAUCGGUCCGAGGACGACAAUCAUCGAGUACCAGAGGUGGAUCUUAAGGAUGUUUGGGAGGAUGAGCCGGCGCCAAAACCACAGGUCUUGAAGCCCUUCCGGAAAGAUCUCACAUUUGGUAAAGCUAAAGGACAUACGUGGGGCUACCACUCCGUCAAAUAUAAAAAACGAACACGGUUGGACAAGUUUUACUAUACAGGGUCCAUCAAGACGUUUGCGCUGGGUGAAGCUCAGGACACAACUGGAAAAUUGGGUCGCUUUGGAAUGGGGCUGAAGACUAAAGUUGGGUCGGAUGAUGUUUGGGUUAGCGAUCACUUUGGGAUCGCUGUAGGUAUUACGGUAGUCUGA